AGUGAAUAAUUUAUGCGAAAAGUUGACACGCGACGCCGUCAUAAAACGCAGCAUUCUGCGUAGAAGAAAUCAGUAUGCUCGCUAAAGCUAAUUUCGAACGAUCGUUCGGGAACAUCGACAGACUUCUUAAGAGUAAUCCGGAGGAUCAACAAUGUCGAAAAGAUUCGUCGAUCAGCACCAGCAAUUUCUCUAUUUCAACGACUCCUUUAACGUUCCGAAACAGUCGGUGGACAGAGUUAACGUUGUCAACGUGAAACCCACCGAUCCAACAAGUAUCUCGAAGAACGCCAAAGCUGUUCCGACGCCUCGAGAAGUUUUAAACGAUUUUUUGGGGAGCACUUCCGUGCACGGUUUGCAAUACUUCGGAAACAUGGGCAUAAAGGUCGGAGUUUGCGGGAAAAUUUUGUGGACCUGCACCAUGAUCACCGGAUUCAUCUGUACGAUACCACUUUUGCAUAUAACGUUCCGUGAUCGACGGGUAAAUGAAGAAGCCAGUUGUUUUGUUUCAGGUCUGGGUCUAAUGGUGUUACAAUUCUUACGACGUUACAACGAUGAUCCGACCGAAACUCACAUAAAAUCGUUUUACAAUCCGAUAUUCGAAGCGCCGUUCCCGGCAGUCACGAUCUGCCCGUUUUCGCCGAUUCCUUUGCAGAGGCGUUUGGAAAUUUUGGACGGGGUCAUUCUGCCCAAUAACGUAACCAGAGAGCUGGCGAUGAGCUUUCUAAAAUACGGUCCAUUCUUAACGAUGCCCUACCCUAUAAAUACGUACGAAGGCAUGGACAAGUUAAAGGAGUUCUUGGAGGCGAACGAGUGGAGCGUGUUGGAUUUUUUGAAAAUCUUAAAGCCCUGCGAGGAUAUCGUGGAAUCGUGCUGGUGGAGCAGCGAACGCAUCGAUUGCAAAGAAUCCCUCGUGGUGUCGUACAGUUCCUACGGACUCUGCUGCUCGUUUAAUUAUCUCCUCGAAAAAUACGUGGGACGCGAAAAAGGACAGCCCGCGCCGAAACCACUCGUCGCUGCCGAUUUCGGUCGAAGGAGUGGCCUGAAACUCUUCAUAAAGCAGCAGGUUCUGGUCGACGCAGACGACGGUGAAAACAAAUUUGAUAAAAUGAUCACAAACAGCGAUGGCGCGAUGGUGAUCGUUCAUCACAGCAUGGAUUUCCCAGGGCUCAACAGCAACGCAUACAUUAUACAGAAGAGCAUCGAUAUGGAGAUCGGUAUAGCGCCGGAACUGACCGAGAACCCGGAAGGGCUGUAUCAUCGUAACAAGAAAAACGAAAUCGUUCCCGUGUGCAUUUCGGAUAGCAAAAACAGCCUGGAAUACUUUCCCUCCUAUCGAUAUUUGAAUUGCUACGCGAACUGCAGGAUCAAAAUGAUGAUCCAGAUCUGCGGAUGCCUGCCAUACAUUUUCAGCAACAUAGCCACGCACUAUCGCAUCAACCAUUGCGGGUUAGACGGCUUGAUUUGCGUGCAGAAGAACUCGGAAAAGUUAAGUAUCGUCAAAGACGUUAAAACGGCGAACGUAAGCUGCAAGUGCGGCACACCGUGCAAGGAGCUGUUUUACAGAGGCUUUCCAAACUCGAUGACUCUGAUGCAAACCAACGCCUCGUCCAACUACAGACACUUAUCGACCAACGACGCCGUUUUAAGAGUUUUCAUGAAGUCGCAAGUCUUUCAGAUCACGGAGACAGUUCCAGCAGCGGACGCAGUAUAUCUCCUGGCGUCGAUCGGCGGAAUUUUCAGCCUGUUCCUUGGCUGCAGUUUCCUAAGCGUCGCGGAGAUCUUUUACUUCGGCGGUUUGCUGUGCCGUUCGAUUUUCCUGCGCCGGGGCACUGAAUCUCCUUCGAAAAGGAAGCGGAUUGCCUUCGAUAGUCAUGAAAACGAUGUUGUUACAAAUUGCGUUUUGGCUACUGAUCGGUUUGCUCUUGUCGUGGCUACUUGUAAAUUAUGUCAGCAAAGUCGUUGGCGCCUUGUGGGAAGUUUUCAUGCCGAUAAUCGAUACCAAACCGAUCAAUCUGCGGUCGAAGUUCGGCGAAUGGGCAGUCGUGACGGGAUCCACCGACGGUAUCGGUAAAGCUUACGCGAAAGAGCUAGCCGCCAGGAACUUGAAUCUGGUGCUGAUCAGCCGAACCUUGGAAAAGUUAGAGAAAACCAGAGAAGAGAUUUUGCAAGAUAAUCCGGGGAUCGAGGUAAAGAUCAUCGUG